UCAUCACAGCUCUGAGGUUUGAUGUUCAAAUCUCUGCUCUGUCCUACCUGUACCUGUAUGAAAUUUCUUCAGGUAAUCGGACCAGAUCAAAAGCACUGGUUGGCCGUAUAUGGCCCACAAGCUGUAUGUUUCUCACCGUUGGUCAAAGAAGGUGCAGGAUUUAAAAAUAAAUAUUUAGAAAAUUAAAUUAAUCUUAAAAAACAGAAUGCACGUUUAAAAACUGAAUACAUAAAUUAAUCCAAUUAAGCUACAGCGAUAGGUGAGACCGGAAGUCGUGAUCUGGCUACUGGCAAGUGACGUCACCACGCCAAUCAUCCCUGUCUCGCCCACCUGCGACGCCUGGCCUUCAUUAUAAUUAACGCCAGUGGAAGCGAGCCAUGGCGUCUCUUCGUGUUGCAGCCCUCCGUCGACACCUGUGCGUAAGUAGCUGCAGUGGCCGGGCAGGGAAUUCCGUCUCCGGCUGUGGAAAUGGCCAGGACCGGGUUCUGCGACUCCAAGCCCCUGCUGGACUUACACAAGGCGGACGAGAGGCGAGUCGGUAUAAGAACUUUGCCGACUGUCUUUGGGACCACCGAUUGCUGGCAGCCAUUGGAGUCCAGAUUGGUGCCUGUUAAGAGGGAGCCAGAACCCAGAUGGGUACUUGUGCUGCCCUCCCUCUCUACAGACAAGAUGUUAUUGGCCAAAGUUAGCAAUGGCAUUUUUGUGGGGUUCAAUGACAAAGCAUGGACAGUCUCAUCUGGCAGCAUCAUUCAUGCCAAAGAUGGAUUUCUGGAGGAGCCUUUGCGACUUUACCCUCGCAGCCUGCAGGGCUUCCACAACCUUCAGGCGCUGGUGCCCAACUUGCUGCGCCAUGAAGUUGAGAUCGCCUUGGAGAAGUUGGGCCUCGUAUGGGACCGCACGUUUGCCUGGGAAAUGUUCUUAGAUAUGAUGAGAAGUCAAACUUGGCACUCUUUGCCCAACACUGAGCUGCCGAGACACUUCACUGAUGCAACUCGAGCUGUCCUGGUUGACUGGCUGAUUCAAGUCAAUGAGAUGUUACAGUUCCAGGAGGAGACGCUCUAUCUGGGCAUUUACCUCCUCAACCGCUCCCUCCGUCAGGUCAAAGUAACCACGGCUAACCUACAGCUCCUUGGCAUAGUCUGCCUCUUUCUUGCUGCUAAGAAAGAGGAGUGUCUACUCCCUGAGGUAUCUGGUCUGUGCUACUUAAUGGACCAUACCUACACCAAGCAUCAGCUCCUGCGCAUGGAAAGAAAAGUCCUCACUGGGCUUAAGUUUAACUUGUCCUACUGUCCCCCGUUGCAUUUCCUAUUGCUGCUCGCCUCCAUUGCCCGCUGCAGUGCUCAGAUGGUGUGGAUGGCCCGCUACCUGCUCGAGUUGUCACUCCUGGAGGGUCAAUGUGUGGUGUUUCUGCCCAUGCAGUUGGCGGGGGCGGCCCUUUGCUUGGCCCGCCAAGUCCUGCGGGAGCCCCUGACCCCGGAGGCCGAGGCUGCCUGGUGUCUAGCCUCCGGCCUUCACGCUGGCAGUGAGACCGUCCUACUGAGAAUAAUGCAAAUUCUGGCUGGUGCUGCAACUACAGCGCACACCCGAGAGACCUGUGCUACUUUUAUCAAAUUCUCCUCCCCGGAAACCAUGCUUGUCAGCAGACACCCUGGUCUUAAGAACGUCUCUGCCCUGAUGGGUGUGUGCACUUGACUUGCACUUGUGUCCUUAUGCUAUACAGUACAGCGAUGACACUUGUUCAACUUGACUCCUUUGACCUGGGGAGGAAGAAGGGUGAAAAAUAUGACAGCAAGCAUUGUUACUAGCCUAAUGUUUGCUUCCAUUUUAUGAUUGCAGCACAUUUAGAAAAUAUUUGUAAUUGUGUUUUUGUGGAGUGGGCUGUUUGUCAAAUUUAAC